CCUUGCUUUUAAAUAAGUCCAGAUUAAUACAGUGGCGACGAGUAUAAAAUCGAAUAAAGUGAACGAAAAUUUUGCAAGUGCUAUCGCGUGUAAUUGCAUGGUAAUUUUCGCCCUACAAUCCUAGCUGUACCGAAAUACUUUAUCAUCGUAUCGACGAUCAGCACCGCCGAAAGUGAGAAGCAGCUCAGUGCUCAUCUACUCAUUUGUCUGCUCACCAGUUUGCCGUUCACUCACGUCACCUAUUGCAUGGAAGGUGUAUGCAUGUGUGAGUGUCAACAUUUGAAGUGGUAGAAGGAAAGUGAGGCUACGAUUACUGAACCAUUUUGCGAAUACCAACACUAAUAUCCCCAAACUGAUCAUCGGUGUAUGCAGUGAGAAUCUCAGAAGUGCAUCUUUUGUCUAUAUUUAAUCGACGAUAAGCUGGUCGCCUGAGAUCUACGAAGGAAGAUUGGUGUUGGCUGAGUGGAUGAAGUAUUUCUCGGCGUUAUUGCUGUUGCUUGCUGAUGUCGAUUAUGGUUGCUGCAGUGUGCUGGUUUUGAGCUUUACCAAAGUUUAUUUUGUAUCCCGAGUGUCUCCCAUAUUAUUGCCGUUGAAUUUGAUUACCUGAGUGGUGAGUUUCGACAAGUACAACAGAAUGUCGGUGUCGACCACAGUUGAACCCUAUCUGCCCAGCUCAAUUCCAUUUGCUCAGUAUGUUGAGCAGCUGGAGUAUGUUUUUUUAAAUAAUAAUGUGCCAGAAACAAAGUAUAAAACCUCAUUUUUAGCGGUUUGUGGAGUCACAGUUUUUUCAGAAAUAAAAAAGCUUUUCCCGGGUGCAGAAGUGAAAAACCUAACUUAUCAGCAGAUAAUAGAAGCACUUAAGAAACGAUUUGAUAAAUGCGAUUCAGAGGUAAUACACAGCUAUAAGUUCUGGAGUAGAAGGCAGGGCAGAAGUGAAAAAUCUGAAGAUUUUGUAAUAGCAGUUAAAGUUCUUGCUGAGCAGUGUGGGUUUGGCACAUUUAAAGACAGGGCAAUUCGUGAUCUGCUAGUUAUAGGUGUUUACAACCGGGAUCUUCAGAAAAAGCUAUGUGAUGAGGAUGACUUGUCCGCUGCUAGAGCGGAGAAGCUUAUUUUGAGUCAUGAAAUCUCCAACAACAGAACUAGUGUGCUGAAAGACAAUGAUGAAAACAAUGUGUCGAUAAUUGCUCGCUUAGGAAGAAAGGAGGUUCGUUCACGAUCGAGGCAGAGAUACCAAGAUAGAAACCGUAGCGUGUCAUUUUCGCCCCGAAAACGGUUAGGAAGUUAUGCUGAUAGGAAAUACGACUCCAAUAAACCGUUUUAUUUGUGCUCUUUCUGUAAGAGGAAAGGCCACACUAGAAAAUUCUGUUACAAAUUACACGGUAGAGACAAAUUUCAGGCAGAUGUAAAGUUUUUGGAUUCUCCUAAACCUAAAUUUGAAGGUUCAUCGGGCAAUUUUAAGAGAGUGUCGAAGUCAGAUGACGAUGACGAAAUCGAUUUACCCUGCAUGAUGAUCUCUUCGGUAAAACGCGUGAAUGAGCCAUGUUUGGUAGAGGUUUUGAUUGAGAAGAACAGAAUUAAAAUGGAAAUUGACUGCGGUUCGGCUGAAACUGUUAUUCCAGAACAAAUGUAUUUGAAAUAUUUUGAGCACGUCAAGCUUCGGCCUUGCAAUAAAAAGUUAGCCGUGAUAGAUGGAAAGAGGUUGCACAUUUUAGGAAGAAUGGAUGUGAAGGUUCAACAUGGUGGAGUGAGGCAGCAACUUGAUCUUAUAGUACUUCGGUGCGAUAACAAUUUCGUGCCAUUAAUGGGUCGCACCUGGAUGGAUUGCUUUUAUGGAGAAUGGAGAAAUGUAUUUUUGAAAAUAGCGGCACAAGACGAAAGCAUUCACAAGCUUGAAGAAGAAGAUUUUAUGGACGAAAUUAAGCAUUUCGCUGGGAGGAAGGCAAAUUUCGGCGCACAAACAACAGCUCAAGAUCACGGACGACACUCAGCGGGGAAUCAGCUCUAAGUUCGUUUUCCGAGAUGAGAACGAUCGGUGCAAUUCUCAGAAGCGAAGAAGGGAAGAAGACUUUGAUGAGGAAGGAAGGAUGUCUGAUCACGAGUCCGACUUCUACGGAUUCCCGGCGGAGUCGUUCAUAUACAGAGAAGAUCUGUUCGACAAUCUAGUUCCUGAUACUGAGCCUGAAGAGAGGUUGCCAAAAACUAGGCGAUCGAAUAGAAACUAUAAGAAGAAGAUGAAACGUGAUUUUAUAUAUUAUUAGGCAGAAAUUGUAUUGGAAUAGUAGAAAUAUUAGGUUGUUUUCAUGAAUUUAUUUAUUUGCCUAACUAUUUGAUUUAGAUAAUUCACUUUCGAGUGAAUAUUGAUGUAGCAUUCAGAAAAUGUGUCGGUUUGAUUAUUCAAAUAUCGAGUGCUAGUUUUAUUUCUCAAAUAAGGGAGGAGUUGUUGUGGUAGUGCUGAAGAGUGCGCGCUCAGAAAUAAAGAGUGAAAUAUGUAAGAGAGGAAAAGAGAACAAAAAGGGAUAUUUUAUGGUAUGCUUGUCAGAGCUACAAAUAAAAGAUCAGUUUCUGGUUAUUCGUUGACUUA